CUCGUCUUCACCAACCCCCCUCGCGUCAUGGUCAUUGGGGCUGGGAGCCGCGGCGGGUCGUAUGGCGAGGCCGUGACCAUGUGCUCCAAUGCCGUCAUAGCCGGCGUGUGCGAGCCGGAUGACUUCAAGCGGAGCGAGUUUGCGCAAAAGUACAUGACCGAGGCUGGUGCGGCGGCGGCGGCGACAAAGGCGGAGCAGCGCUGCUUUAGCGACUGGCGUGAAUGGAAAGCCUACGAGCUGCAGCGGCGGGAGCGGGCAGCGGUUGGUGGCGAGGCCGUGGAAAAAGGCAUCGACGCCGUCUUCAUCUGUGUCAUGGACGAGAUGCACGAGGAGGUUGUGUGUGGCAUUGCCGACAUGGGCGUGCACAUUUGCUGUGAGAAGCCCAUGAGUACGCGGCUCGAGAGCUGCAUGAACAUGUUCGAGGCGCUGGAAAAGGGCGCCAAGCAGCAGAGGCCGACCAUCUUCGGCAUCUGCCAUAUCCUGAGGUAUACGCCGCACAACAUGCUGCUGAGGGACCUGGUGCUGGGCAAAGACGUCAUUGGAGAUGUGAUUAGUUUCGAGCAUGUCGAGCCCAUCGGAUGGUGGCACUUUGCCCAUUCCUAUGUGCGGGGAAACUGGAGGAAAGAGUCCAAGACGGCGCCGUCGCUGCUGACAAAGUCAUGCCAUGACCUCGACUAUCUGAUGUGGAUGCUGUGCUCGCCCGGGCCCAACGCAAAGCAUGCGGUGCCCCAUCUGCCCUCACACAUUACUUCGACGGGAUCACUGCGCUUCUUCCGCAAGGAACGAAAGCCAAAAGAGGCGGGGUCGGCUACCAACUGCAUGUCUUGUGCGUACGAGCCCAGCUGCACGUACAGCGCCAAGAAGAUUUACAUUGAGAGGCAUCUGAACAGCGGCAACGUCGACUGGCCCGUCAAGGUGGUGAACCCGGAGAUUGAAGACUUGUACAAGCACUCUGGCAGGGAUGCUGUCGAGGCGCAGCUGCUCAAGAACCUGGCCGAGGACUACGCUGCCGGGACGCCAGACAGCGAAAUCCACAAGCGGAACUGGUACGGGCGGUGCGUGUGGGAGUCGACAAACGACGUGUGCGACGAUCAGUGUGUGACGAUUACAUGGGACGACGACCCCAUGGACACGGACGAGCGUGGGCUGCCGGUAAUCCAAGGGCGCAGCGCAAAGACGGCCCAGUUUCACAUGGUUGCCUUUACCGAGAAGCAGUGCGAGCGCCGUGGGCGCAUCUACGGCACAAAGGGCGAGAUUGACUACGACAGCCACACCAUCAAGGUGCACAGCUUUGCCACCGACGAGACGGAGACUUACAAACCCCAUGUGGCCGAGCGCGGCCACGGCGGCGGCGACGAAGGCCUCACUCGACAGUUCCUCACGGCCGUCGACAAUGUCAACUCGGGGGCGCUGUCGGCGGCAGAGGCGCAGCGCAAGUACCUCGGAUGCGACCUCGAGGAAGCGUUCCGGAGCCAUGCCAUGGUGUUUGCGGCUGAAGAGGCCCGAACGAAGCGCCAGGUGGUCGACUUGAAGAAGUGGUGGGCCGAGAGGGUGGAGUCACGCUUACACCAGCGGUAACACUGGGAAGGGGGGGGAAGGGUGAGCAGGGCAAGCAUGGAAGAGAGUUGGUCCGAAAGAGAGAG